GAGGCCCAGACGGAAGUGCAGGCGGAGGAGCCGGAGCCGGAUCCCGAGCCUGAUCCCGAGCCCGAGCCGGGAGCAGGUCUCGGGGGCUCCGGGCUGUGGGGACGGCGGGACCUGGCAGCGAUGGCGACCCUGUGGGGAGGCCUCCUUCGGCUUGGCUCCGUGCUCAGCCUGUCCUGCCUGGCGCUCUCGGUGCUGCUGCUGGUGCAGCUGUCAGACGCCGCCAAGAAUUUCGAGGAUGUCCGAUGUAAAUGUAUCUGUCCUCCCUAUAAAGAUAAUUCUGGGCAUAUUUAUAAUAAGAACAUAUCCCAGAAAGAUUGCGAUUGCCUUCAUGUUGUGGACCCCAUGCCUGUGCGGGGGCCUGAUGUAGAAGCAUACUGUCUACGUUGUGAAUGCAAAUAUGAGGAAAGAAGCUCUGUUACAAUCAAGGUUACCAUUAUCAUUUAUCUCUCCAUUUUGAGCCUCCUACUUCUGUACAUGGUGUAUCUUACUCUGGUUGAACCCAUUCUGAAGAGGCGCCUCUUUGGACACUCACAGUUGAUACAGAGUGAUGAUGAUAUUGGGGAUCACCAGCCUUUUGCAAAUGCCCACGAUGUGCUGGCCCGCUCCCGCAGUCGAGCCAAUGUGCUGAACAAGGUAGAGUAUGCCCAGCAGCGUUGGAAGCUUCAAGUUCAAGAGCAGCGAAAAUCUGUUUUUGACCGACAUGUUGUCCUCAGCUAAUUGGGAAUGAAAUUCAAGGUGACUAGAAGGAAACAAGGCAGACACUGGACAGAAUUGACUGAGUUUUCCUGGGUGGUGUUAUAAUAUCCUGUUGAUUUCACCAACUCUUGCUAGAAGAUUCAAAACUAAAAGAAAAAACACGCUUAAUGUUUUUUUCCUUGUUAACGUAUUAAUAGAGACUUUUUUUAAAGCACACAGAUCAAAGUCAGCCAAUAAACCUUUUCCUAUUUGUGAAUUUUACUAAUAAAAAUAAAUCUGCUUGUAAAUUAUCCUGAAGUCCUUUAUCUGGAACAGGCACUCUCUUUUUCACCACACAGUUUUAACUUGAUUUUCAAGGUAAUUUUCAGGUGUUUUUUUGUUUUGUUUUUCUGCUGGGAGAGGGGAGGGAUGCAUGGGAAGAGCUUAACACAACUUUUCUCAAGUCACUUUACUAAACAAACUUUUGUAAAUAGACCUUACCUUCUAUUUUCAAGUUUUGUUUAUAUUUUGCAGCACAGUCAGCCUCAUCAAAGUGCUGACUUCCCCAUUUGACUUUUGCACUGACUAUAUUAUUUAGGUAUCUGGUUAGCUAUACUUCAUGGUAAACCAGAUCUGAAAUGCCUGGCGGCUCUUCACAAAAUGCAGAUUUUCAUCAUGUACUGUAAUGUGUGAUGCAAUGCAUCCUAGAACAAACUGGCCAUUUGCUAGUUUACUCUAAUGACUAAACAUAGUCUUGGUGUGUGUGGUCUUUCUCAUCUUCUAUCUCGAAGGACAAAUCUUAAGGACUUGGACACUUGCAAUAAAGAAAUUUUCUUUUGAACCCAAGCCUCCCUGGAUUGAUGACAUACACAUAUUUGUCAGCAUUUCCGGUCGUGUUGAGAGGCAGCUGUUUGAGCUCUAGUAUGUGCAGCUUUGAACUAGGACUGUAGUUCCGGGUGCCUCUCUCUGAAAGUUAUAACAGUUAUUGGAUAACUGGCAUUUUUCUUCCUAAUGUCCUCUUGGAAUGUAACAAUAAAAAUAAUUUUGAAACAUC